AGGCGAAGCGAGCGCAAAGUAACCCGCCCCUCCUCCUACCCCUUCCCUCCCCCGCUCCACCGUUUUGCUCUGUAGGUAUCGGGUUCGCGGCGCGGGCGGGCGGGGUGCCGCGCCGGUCGUUCUGGGGCCGCGCGGCCUCGAUUGCCUCUGCCACCGGCGGCGAGACCCCCUUAUCGUAUUUCCCGGGGGGGUGGCGUUGGGGUGGGGUUCCGGUCGUUCCGGCCGGCGGCGGACUUGAUUUUGGUGAGGGAGGCCGCAGAAGAAUUAGGAGGUGAAAUCACUCGGAGAACUGUGCAAUAGUUUCAAUGGCUGCUACAAAGCUCCAAGCCUUUUGGAACCAUCCCGCUGGCCCCAAAACCAUUCAUUUCUGGGCGCCAACGUUCAAAUGGGGUAUCAGCAUUGCCAACAUUGCUGACUUUGCUAAGCCACCUGAAAAGAUAUCUUAUCCUCAGCAAAUUGCUGUUACUUGUACUGGACUCAUUUGGUCAAGGUACAGCUUGGUUAUCACCCCGAAAAACUGGAACCUUUUCAGCGUUAACGUUGCAAUGGCUGGUACGGGCCUGUAUCAGCUUUCACGGAAGAUAAGGCAAGAUUACUUAUCUGGUGAGAAGGAAGCUGCUCCACAACUGGAAGCAUAAUGACAACAACAGACCAGAAUAACUUGCUAUAUGUUCCAGUUUCCCGAGACUGCAAGGGUCUCUUUCAGUCCAGGACAUGAAUCUUUUGCUAUAUGUUUUCUCGUUCUGAAGUCAUGAGCAGAUUAAUGUGAAAAUUUUCUGCCAAAAACGACACAUGAAGCCAUGCAUUUGUGCACCUAUGGAAAAAAAAAACCAUGCAAAAUACAUGUUUAUAUGUUUUGUUUUUGUUCAGUUAAUCUUAUUGGGAUUUCGAAAUCGUUUGCUAAGCUGGUUGAUCA